CCUAUAUCUCGACGACCACUCACGCAACCACAAGCAGUCUGUCAGUAUCAUGAGGGAGUUGCAAUGUUCAACUGGCAUAAAUGCGCGGGUGCUCGUCGACUUCCGUCCAGGAACAAGAGAUGCCCGAGAGAAACUUCGAUGGGCGUCGAACCAUCACACCACGAGGGAGGGGGACAUCGCCUACUCUUUGUUCGGCAUUUUUUAUGUCAAACUUCCGGAGACAAAAGACAAAAGGCGCUCGGACGACUCUUGUAGGAGAUCAUAGCCCAUUCGGGCGACAUCACAGCCCUUGAUUGGGUGGGACAAUCGUCCAGCUUCAACAACAACAACUAUCUGCCAGCCGACAUUUUCUCAUACGAGACUCUGUUAUAUACACUGCUGUCUCUAUCCGAAGACCACGAGAUGCAGAAUUCGGUCUCCACGCUG